UGUAGUUAUCCUGCUAGCUGAUACUAGCACCAUUCAUCAGUACGCGGUCUGUCCUUGUCAAGCAUGACACUAGCCCGUUUGCUAACGUGCUUUCCUUUGUACCUGUCUAACGUUAGCUAAACGAAGGACUUAUUUUAAAAUGUUGAUGGCAUAAAAUUUGUAAUUCGUAUUUGACUUUUUGUAGACAGUCAUAUCAAAAUCUAUUCGUAGUAAGAGGCUCACCACGAUAGCAAGCUAGCCUAAUAGCUAAUCGUGCUAAGGGGGCAGGCGCGCCUAUCGUUCGAUUUUCAGACGACUGGGGAAAAGGGUCCAAACACAAAUGAGAUUAGUUUGUACAUGGUGUGGCCCGUGACAGAUUAAUAAACACUGAUUUAUAUAGAACCAGUCCAGUGAUCAGUCCUGGUCUGGACAACAUAGUUACAUACACUAACAUUACAUACAGACUUUCUUUUCGUGGUAUCUGGAGUGAUUGAUAUCUGGAAUCAGUCAUUAGGCCUAAACAGCAGACAGUCACUGAUUAGUUUAAAUGGCAUGUUCCCAGCCAGGAUUAGGAUAGCUAGCAGUCAGAUUGUUACAGGCUAACUCAGCUUUACUUACAGGUUAGGUACUUGUUGGUGUAUUACAGAGAAUUUUCGACUUCCUCAAUUCCCAACUUGGAAGAAGACAACAAAUGUUUUAGAACAUUUAUUGACAGCGUUAGGUUAAAAAACAAAACAUUGCUCCAUGAAGUCAUCCAACAACGUGUAGGCCGCCAUAUUGUCUAUUUCAAAUCUUCUCAUUGAUCAAGUUCUCUGUGCUGUGCCAAACCAUACCGAUCUAAUAACUCCUAUCAGCCAGCUGGAACAGAGUAAUGGUUUGACUAGUUGUUGCCAUGGAAGCGGAGGGCUUUGGAGAACUCCUGCAGCAGGCAGAGCAGCUUGCAGCAGAGACUGAGGCCGUGUCUGAGCUUCCUCAUGUUGAGAGGAACCUUCAGGAGAUCCAGCAGGCUGGAGAGAGGCUACGCUCCCGCACCUUAACUCGAACAUCACAAGACGCUGCUGACGUGAAAGCGUCCAUCCUCCUGGGGUCCAGAGGCCUGGACAUCUUCCACAUCUCCCAGCGUCUGGAGAGCCUGAGUGCUGCCACCACCUUUGAACCUCUAGAGCCAGUGAAGGACACUGACAUCCAGGUAUUCACACUCUCUUUACGAUUGUGGGGCUGUUUGAGCUUUUGGGCUACUUUUUCAUCCACACCUGUCCUGUUGUAUGUCAGGACCUUCGCGUUUGUGUUUUUCAGAGUCAAGGGCAGCCGGCCAGGUGAUGGUAAUUUAAUGUUUUUUAGAUUAUGCUUUUAGUCAGACUGGCGGAUU